AAAAUUCAAAGAAAAAAAAAAAAAAAGAAAUUUAGCAAGGGACUGUGUAAAAGGAGAAGAGAAAAAGGAGAGGAGCAGCAGAUUUGAGCAUCGGAAACACACAAAAACAAAAAUGGGAGUGGAGAAGCAGCUUCUGAGGCCUGGAACGGGUCCCAAACCCGUACCCGGUCAGAAGGUCACCGUUCACUGCACUGGUUAUGGUAAAAAUGGUAAUCUGUCUGCGAAGUUUUGGAGCACAAAGGACCCUGGGCAGCAGCCUUUUGCAUUCAAAAUUGGUCAAGGUUCUGUUAUAAAAGGAUGGGAUGAAGGUGUGCUAGGGAUGCAACUGGGAGAAGUUGCUCGUUUACGGUGCUCUCCAGAUUAUGCAUACGGUGCAGGUGGAUUUCCAGCAUGGGGAAUACAGCCGAAUUCAGUUCUGGAUUUUGAGAUUGAAGUUCUGAGUGUAGAGUGAAUACAGUAUGUAGGCAGUGGGUAACUUUUCAGUGAACCCAAGCCAAGUAUCUAGAACUACUUGCUUUAUAUAUGAUGGACAUAUCUAAAUGCAUGUGACAUAUAUAAAUGUUUAUGUUUCAAUAAUUGACCUGACUGGGUAUUUUAAGUAAUAAUAAACUCUCUUGAUUAUGAUC